AUGGCAUCUCGUCUGUUCUUUGAUCCCAUGGUCGCGCUGCGCGUUGCGCCACUGGUAUCGUCAUCUGGCACCCUCCUUUUCGCUUGGGCUCAACACUUCUUCCUCGGCCUCUUCAACGACAACACCGAGGCCCGCAAGAAGAGCGCACCGUUGCUGAAGCCCUACUUCGAUACAUUUUUCCGUCGUGGCGUCUGGGUCGUCUUGGGCUUCGUCGCCGUGUCAGUCUCAACGGCCGCCGCAAACUUGUACAAGCAGCCGGAGGCGCUGCAGAACAAGGGGACCUUUUGGUGGUAUGCUGCCGGUGCGACCUUGUCGGCGGGCCAUCUGGCUUAUGCUCCGCUCGUCGCGCCUCAUGUGAAGGCUUUAGUGGAGGCUGAAGCAGAGGAUGAUGUCAACGGAAUUUUGGAUGAUUGGUUGAGUGUCAAUUGGUGGCGGAUGGUUACUGUGGAUGUGGGUGCUUGGCUUGCUUUUGGUGUUGCUGUCGCCACAACGCUUAGCGUUUGA